AGCUGAGGACGCCGAGGCUAGAACCCAACAGUCAAGACCAGCAUCCCUCAAACAUCCAUCGGCAUCCUCCUAUGUCCAACUGCCAUAGACCAUGGCCAGUACAGUUUCCCUAGUUACUCUGCCUCUGUUCGCCCUCGUCUUCAUCUCUCAGGUGGCUCUUCCGGCCCGAUGCGAAGUCCUGGACAUCUCCGUGCCAGGCAGCACGGGCGCAGAUCGGCAGAAACCGUGGAGCCUCACGCACACGGACGAAGAUGAAACCGCGCGGAGGAAGCGUGACACCAACCGGGAAUCGAAUCUUUUUGGGAUUUUGCAGAUGAUACGCGACAAGAAGAACAGCAGUGAACCCAACGACGGCAACCGCGAGGGAGGACAAAAACACAACAAUGGUGGCAAACAAAACGGCCGCAAAAACCGCGACAAAAGUGGCAGCAAAAACCGCGACAAAAAUGGCCGCAAAAACCGCGACAAAAAUGGCCGCAAAUACCGCGACCAAAACGGCCCCAAACCCCGCAACAAAAACAGCGGGAAACAGGACGACCAAAACAGCCGCAAACACCGCGACCAAAAUGGCCGCAAGCACGGCGACCAAUGACUAAUUUAAUCGAUAAAUGAGAUUAAAAUUUUCCAGUCACCAUAAGAGACAUCAGUCUUCGCAUGAGAAAUGUAAGAAUGGUGUAUUGCAACUGGAAAUGCCUCGGGCUUAGAACUUUUCUAUCACCCUUCGUAUAUCUCACUUCAAAGAAUAAACCUUGUCGGUGAAUCAUCGCUAGUUUGUGUUUUUCCAAUUGUCCAUACCCGAGGGCAUCGAAGCCAUUUUGAAUGUCCAACAAAUUACAGAUUGAGCGACUAUUUUUUUGUGCUGGAGGGUUUGUAGGAGGGAGGAAUAUUUUCAGCUCUACUUUUAGACUAGCUACAUCUUCAAAAUGGGUACAUGCCCAUGCAAAGCAACCAGUGGCUAAGGCUUUGCGUCAGAUUCAUUUGCUAUACGCGAGGCCAGUGUUUCGCAACCGGUGUGCCGCGGCAAAGUCCCGAUGUGUCAAGGUAAUUUCAGAAUUAUUGGAAAAAGAAAUAACAUAACUUUAUUAUUUUGAAGCAACAACCGACGAACGUCGGUCAAAUAAACUAGGGG